AUGAUUUAUAGUAACAGCUAAACUUCUCUAAUAAAAUAGAGUACUUUUGGAUAAAUAGUAACAAAAACACCCCUUAACAGAUAAAAUAGAGAUUAAGACUAAUCAACUAUUUCUUAAUAUCAAUCUCCAACAUUAAGAUAAGCUAUGUCACCUAAAGCUGCAAGGGAAUAUCUGAACAGUUUGAAAAGUUUCAUUUGUCAGUAUGAAACAAAACCAAUAACAGAGAGAAUAGCAACAUAAUCAACAUUUGAAAUUAUAUAAUAAUAACCAUAUUUGUAUUACCCAGUAGCAAAUAGAUUGAAUGAUGAUUUUAAAUUGAUGACUCCUCAUAAAAUUGAAGUUAGAAAAAUUAAUCAAGAUGGUACAAUACAUUCACUGCGAUAUUAUUAUUUAAAAUAAGCAGCUUUAGGAAGCUCAAAUGACAUUCCAUAAUCAUAAUAAAUAAUGAUUUUAGGAUUAAAACAUAGUGGAAAGAAGAAACUUCUCUAAGAACUCAUAAAAAGAAUUAUGCCAAAAAAUUUCAAAUUAUCUUUGCAAACAGAAUCAGGUGAGAAGACUAUCGAUUUAUAAUUGAAUGAUGAUAUAAAAUAAACUAUAAAAAGUAUACUAGCAGGACAGAAACAUUAUUAAUUGAUUGCUAAAGGUGAACAAAAUAUGAUAGCAUGUAGAGGAUUGGAGGGAUUUAAAAGAGACAAGAAAGAUAAAGGAAUUCUUAUUGUUUGUGUAAAACCUGGAAAAGAGGAGAAAUUAGAUUGCCUGAAGACAUUCAAAUUCUUAGAAGAAAUUUACAAAAAUUGA